AUGCCAGCACCUCUUGAUAUCAAGCGAUUAACACCAACCAGUGUAAUCGCAGAUCUCCAGGGUGGUGCUGGAGAGGGUCCCAUGUACGCACUGCGUGCAGAUAUGGAUGCCCUGCCAUUACAGGAGGAAAGUGGAGAGCCCUUCAGUUCGAAAAAGCCUGGUGUAAUGCAUGCCUGUGGUCAUGACACGCAUACUGCAAUGCUUCUUGGUGCUGUAAAGGUGCUUUGUCAAGUUAAGGACAAGAUUCGUGGCACUGUGCGGUUUAUCUUCCAACAUGCUGAGGAGGUUAGUCCAAGUGGUGCAAAGCAGUUGGUGGAGCUUGGUGUACUUGAUGGUGUGAAGAUGAUUUUUGGGCUUCACAAUUGUCCACUAACACCUCCUGGUAAGGUGAAGACACGUCCUGGAGUUUUCAGUGCUGCUGUUUUUGAUUUUGACAUUGUGAUCAAGGGUAGGGGCGGUCAUGCUUCAGCUCCCAACAAGUGUAUUGACCCUAUUGUUAUUGCAUCGCAUAUUGUAAUGGGUAUGCUUGGUAUACCACGUCAGUUUACGGCACAGACGGCCCCUGUUGUAAGUGUGACAACAAUCACUGGUGGAACGGGGAGUUUCAAUGUCAUUCCAGACACUGCGCAAAUAAAGGGUACGAUUCGUACAAUUGAUAGAAAGGCAGAGGAGGAAGCUCCUGCGCUACUGAAGAAAAUGGUUGAGGGUGUUUGUGCCAUACACGGUGCUGAUUUCACUAUUGACUGGCCUGAACCUGUGUACUCAACAUACAAUAGCCAAGAGGCCUUUGACUUAUGGAAGUCUGCUAUUGAUGCCUCCCUUGGAUCGGAUGCAUUUAUCUUGCAGUCUGAACCCAAUUUUGGUGCUGAGGACUUCUCAGAGUAUCAGCGGGUUGUGCCGGGUUGUUACGCCAACAUUGGUGUACGGAAUGAGGCCAUUGGAGCAGUGCAUAACUGCCACAGCUCAAAGUACAAGGUUGAUGAGGCCGGGUUUUUGACAGGCGUAAAGGUUCAUGUGGCGUUGAUUGAGAGCCUUAUGAUGAAAUAA